AGCGCAACUUCUAGUUGUAUUUUGUCUGUUGUCGCUCGGUUCAGUUCAACUGUAAUACAAAAUGUUGCCAACUUUCCAUUGGUCAGAUUAUUUGGUUUUCGGUAUUUCACUUGUUUGUUACUCGCUGAUUGGGAUUUAUCAUCGAUAUCAUGAUGUAAUUUUUGGGAAAUUGACUAAUUGUUUUCGUGGUAUCAACUUUCAACCAAAAGUGAGAAAGAAAAUGGACGUAGAAGAAUUAUUCUUAGGUGAUCGUAAUCUGACCUUGUUACCUAUUGUCGGAAGUGUAAUGGCCAGUUUUUUAUCAGCUGUCGGUAUAUUGGGCACUGCAUCUGAAGCUUAUCAAUGUGGUAUUCAAUUUAUAACAUUGGUUGGAGGUUAUUGUAUUGCAUUUCCAUUAGCUGCAUAUGUUUACAUGCCAGUAUUUUAUAAGCUCAGAUUGAACAGUGCUCAUGAAUAUUUAGAAAUGCGAUUUGGAAAACUUGUUCGAUGGACAGCUUCACUUGUGUUCUUAUUACAAAUGACAGUUUACAUUGCUCUUGCAUUAUAUGCGCCUGCUUUGGCAUUCAGUCAAGUUAGUGGUCUACCCAUUUGGAUAUCGAUAUUGUCUACUGGUUUGGUGGCUACAUUUUAUACAGCAUUUGGAGGUAUUCGUGCAGUAGUAUGGGUUGAUCUUUUCCAAUUGAUUGUUCUCAUCAGUGGAUUUUGUUUAAUCACACUAUUAAUUACUUUAAAAGUUGGUGGAUUCCAACGUCUAUGGGGGAUAGUAAUAGACGGUCAGCGUGUUCAAUCUUUCGAUUUUAGUAUUGAUCCUUUUAAACGACAUACAUUAUGGACUUUAAUUAUUGGUGGAACGGGAUUGGUUCUUAGUAUAUUCGGUGCUAAUCAAACACAAAUUCAACGUUAUAUGGCAUGUCGAGAUUUAAAAACUGCUCGAAGAGCUAUAUUACUAAAUAUUCCAUUGACAAGUGUAUUUUUGGCAGUACAAUUAUUCACUGGCUUAGCUAUUUAUGCUUAUUUUGCUGGUUGUGAUCCAGUGUUAAAUGGAUCUAUUAAACGUUAUGAUCAAAUAUUACCCUACAUAGUAAUGAUUUUAUUCGAUGGUGUGCUACUUGUUCGUGGAAUAUUUCUAUCAGUUAUAUUUGCAGCUGCUUUAAGUACUGUAUCAUCAGGUGUAAAUAGUUUGGCUAAUGUUUGCUUAGAAGAUUUAAUCCGACCAUUGUAUAUUCAUUGGAGACAUGUUGAUAUUUCAGAAAGUGCUAAAUAUCGAUUGGCCAUAUUUUUAGGUAUUUUAUUUGGUACUUUAACUGUAUCGUUGGCUUUCAUUUUUACAUUAUCCAGUUCACAUAUUUUACAAAUAUCAUUUUCUUUAUUCGGUGCAAUUGGUGGUCCAGUUUUAACUGUAUUUACUGCUGGAAUAUUUUUUCCAUGCAUUAAUGCUGAAGUAAGGUGGAUUGUGUGCAUUAAUUAGUGGUGUUAUCUGUGGUUUAUGGAUUUGCAUUGGAAAUACUUUUAUAACUUCAAGAACUGUUAGUGGUCGUUUACCUUUAACAACUGAAAAUUGUUCAUCUAAAUUUCUUCAGAAUAUAUCAUCAUCUAUUGUAGCUGCUACAACUAAUACAUCAACUACUACUGUUAAUAUUAUAGAGACGACAACGUGGUCAUUUUACUCACUUUCAUAUCUUUAUUAUGCAGCAGCUUGUUUAAUUGUUGGAAUUCCUGUAGGAUUCAUAAUUAGCGCAAUUACAGGAUUUAAUAGUCGAUCACAGGUUAGUCCACGUUUAUUGGCUUGGCAAGCAUGUUCAUUCUACAGACAUUUUCCAAAUUGGCUUCCUCCACAAACAGCAAAUGAUCAGGAACUUAAUCAAGUUUCUUCUACAUACAUUGAAAAAACAGAAAUUUUAGACAUGAAACUACCUCGUUUACAAGCAAUCAAUAGAAAAAUUCCAUCGGUAGAAAAUGAUCAAUCAAAAGAUUCUACUAUUUGAUGUAAUAAUACAUGGAAACUAUGAUGUGAACAAUGAGUAUAUAUUUUUCCAAUUCUUGUUAUCCUUCAUAAGUAUUUCUUUUUGAUCUUUAUAUUGUGCAUUAUUAUUUAUAUGAAUUGAAUAAUAUAUUAUUAUAUAAAUAAUAUGAUCAAUGAUGAAUACAACGAAUACUACUGUAAAGAGUGAACUAUAAUGUAGAUUUUUACUCAAUCCCAUAUUGCUUUAUACUCAAGGAAAUAAAAUCAAUAUUGGGAUGUUUAUUUGUUAAUAGAUUAUUUUUUAUGGAAUACAAUGAUCCAAUUCGUUUUCA